CUCUCCGUCCGACACCUCCAAUCCAAACAAUACCUAAAACCCAAAACCCUAACCGUUUCUUAACUCUGCUCCUCACUAGCGAACGACACUGCUGAGGAAACGCUCGGAAACUGAGUCCGAGGAAUUCGAGAUCUUGACUAAAUUAUAUUGGAGUUCAGAAAUUUUUUUUUUCUUUCCUAGAUUAGCCUUUGAAGAUGGUGCAGUAUAAUUUUAAGGAGAUUACUGUGGUACCAAAUGGGAAGGAUUUCAUUGACAUUAUUCUCUCUCGUACCCAAUAGCAGACACUGACUGUUGUACACAAAGGUCAUGCCAUUUCUCGCCUGAGGCAGUUUUACAUGCGUAAAGUGAAAUACACUCAGCAGAAUUUUCAUGAGAAGCUCUCAACAAUUGUUGAUGAGUUCCCUCGAUUGGAUGAUAUCCAUCUGUUCUACAGGGACCUUCUUUACGUGCUUUACAACAAAGAUCAUUAUAAACUCGCUCUUUGCCAGAUAAAUACAGUAAGAAACCUUAUUGGUAAGAUUGCUAAAGAUUAUGUGAAGCUGUUGAAGUAUGGUGACUCUCUUUACAGGUGCAAGUCUCUCAAGGUUGCAGCUUUAGGACACGUGUACAGUGAUAAAGAGGAUUAGCCCAAGUUUGGCCUACCUAGAGCAGAUUAGACAACACAUGGCAAGGCUGCCUUACCUUAUAUUUACCCUAACACUCGGGCAAUCUUGAUUUGUGGGUAUAGUAAUGUUGGCAAGAGCUCAUUUAUGAACAAAAUCACCAGCGCCGAUGUGGAUGUCCAA